AUGUCUUUGCGAAUCACAUAUACGAUCUAUGCAAAAGUGAUUGUUGGUGGCAGCAGUCAGAUACUCCCAUCACUUGCCAAAUCGGAAAUAGAGAACAAUCUAGAGCAUGAGUUAGAACUUCAGCGACAACAACAAGAGGAGGAUCUACUCAAUAAUGACCACCAGACAUUCAAAGUGACAAAAGAUGGGGUACAAGAAGUUACGGACCCAAUGGAAAUCACAACUGAUGAUUUGAAAAAGAGUAAUGUGGAGUACUUUGAUUUGAAUGAUUAUCAGGGUUCAUCUAGUGGUAAUAGCAAAGGUGAUGUUGUGCUAUUUCUCAUGCCUUUAAGAAACGCAGAACAUGUGUUGCCCAUGGCCUUUUACAAUUUGAUGAAUUUAACCUAUGACCACCUGUUGAUAGAUAUUGCAUUUUUGGUGUCUGAUUGCUCACCAGAUGACACCACGUUGGAGACCGUUUUCAGAUACUCGAUGGCAUUGCAGAAUGGUACAUUAGUCGAUUUGCUAAAACAAGAAGAGCAAAAGCAGAGGGGGGCACAAGUGAAAGGAUCCAACGACUUGUACCAGUCUUACAUGGAGCCCACAUAUAUGGAAAAUGUAAAGAAGGCUUAUAGCAAUCCUGAAACUCAUCACAAAAAUUACAGGACUCCAUUCAGAUCUGUCACUAUAUUCAAGAAAGAUUUCGGACAAGUCAUUGGACAAGGGUUCAGUGACCGUCAUGCAGUCAAAGUUCAAGGUAUACGAAGAAAACUAAUGGGUAGAGCUAGAAACUGGUUAACAUCUAGUGCAUUGCGGGCAGAUCACUCUUGGGUUUACUGGAGGGAUGUGGAUAUAGAAACGUGUCCGGGAAAUGUUAUUGAAGAGCUUAUGCUGCACGACUAUGAUGUCAUGGUUCCAAACGUGUGGCGCCCCUUGCCCACGUUUUUGGGAAAUGAGCAGCCGUAUGAUUUGAACUCGUGGAUUGAGUCCGAUGCCGCAUUGGAACUUGCUAAAACUUUGGCCGAAGAUGACGUUAUUGUGGAAGGGUAUGCUGAAUACCCCACCUGGCGAGCCCAUUUGGCCUACAUUCGGGAUCCGAAUGGAAAUCCACGUGAAGUGGUUGAUUUGGACGGUGUUGGUGGAGUUUCCAUUUUGGCCAGGGCCAAAAUCUUUCGACAAGGGGUUCACUUUCCUGCAUUCACCUUUUUGAAUCAUGCUGAGACUGAGGCGUUUGGAAAAAUGGCCAAGAAAAUGGGGUUCCGUGUUGGUGGAUUACCUCAUUACACCAUAUGGCAUAUAUAUGAACCAAGCGAGGAUGAUUUGCAGAAGAUAUCGAAAUUGGAGAGAAGCAGGAGGAGGAAAUCUAAACAGGGUUAA